AUGGAUACUGUGUUAAGAGGAGAAAGUCAUGGUGGAAAUGGCUUUCAAAUUUAUGGUUGUGAUGUUAUGAACCCUGUUUUGACAUCCACAGACACAGAUCAAUUCUUAUUUGGCCACUUCCCUCCUCAUCAUCAUCAACAACAACAACAGGCAAAGAACAACCAAAACCUUACACUGUGUCUGGAUGAUAUGCAAGUUUCAUGUAAGAACACGAAAGUGGUGGGAAGGAGAAGAAAGAAACAAUGUUCUGUGUCUUGGAUCAAAGGACAGUGGAAUAAGGAAGAGGACAGGAAAUUGAUAAGGUUGGUGAAACAACAUGGUGAUAAAAAAUGGGCUGAAAUAGCUGAGAAGUUGGAGGGAAGAGUUGGCAAACAAUGUCGAGAAAGAUGGAACAAUCAUUUGCGUCCUGAUAUUAAGAAAGAUAGUUGGACUGAAGAAGAAGAGAGAAUAGUGGUAGACAUGCAUGCGAGGCUCGGAAAUCGAUGGUGCGAGAUGGCAAAAUGCCUUCCAGGAAGAUCAGAAAAUGCCAUAAAGAACCACUGGAAUGCCACCAAAAGGAGACAGAAUUCAAAGAGAAAGCACAAGAAAACAAAAACAUCUAACGGAAAACCACAUUCUUCGAUACUCGAAGACUACAUCAAAAGCAAGACCGUGAUCACCACAAACCCUACACCUGUUGUUGUCACUGCCCCAACACCCUCACAGGAUUCAAAGGUACCUUUGAAUCAUGUGUUACCUUUGAAUCAUGUGUUCUAUGAACCUUUCGGUAAUGAACCACUCUUGAUGCAACAAAUUUUCACUGAGAAUGUUGAGGCCUCUAAGCACUCUAAGAUGUGUCCAACCUCGUAUUUGGAUCACUGGAACAUGAAUGUUGAUGAUGUGGAUGAGAGUGAUGUUGUGUAUUCUCUGCAAUACCCAGAUAAUGUGCACUUCAAUGAUAGUUUCUUCCCUAGAGAGACUCAUCUUCCUUCGGAUUUUUAUGUGUCUCCCUUGUUCAAUGUAGCAGCUGGGUAUGGAAAUCAGAAUCUCAACAUAGAUUUUCGGCAUCAAGGUUGCUCACAAGUAAAAGGAGAGGAGAUUUGGUAG